AUGAACAACAUUCUCACUGGCGCCGCCAUGGGCGCGGCUCUGACCACCGCGGGCGUCUACAAGCCCUCCGUCAUCCUCUCCCAGUUCAACUUCUCCGACUUCACCAUGCUUCAGACCUUCCUAACCGCCGCAGCAGGCAGCACUUUCUUCGUGACGGCCUUCCAGUCCCUUUCCCUCACCUCCCUUCCACCCCGCCCUUGCGCCCCCCUCUCCUCGUCCGCCAAAUCCUUCCUCUCCCGCCACGCCGGCAACAUCCUCGGCGGCGUCAUGCUCGGCACAGGCAUGGCCAUUUCCGGCGCGUGUCCAGGCACUGUUCUCGCCCAGCUCGGCGCGGGCGUCCCGUCAGGCCGGUACGCCUUCGGCGGUGCGGUGCUCGCAGGCUGGGCGUGGAACGUGCUGUUUAGCAAGCGCAUGCCCAAGGCCAGCAAGGACAAGGCUGAUGGUGACGGGGAAGGCAAGAAGAAGCAGGCCGAGACCAUCUACGAGAUGCUCAACACCCCGUACAUCAGAGCCGUCGCUGCCAUGGAGGUCCUCCUCGCCACGUGCAUCGCCCUCGCGGUGAAAUAUGCCCCUGCCGAAGCAGGUUACACCCGUAACGUGGUGCCCCCUCUGAUCGGCGGCGCGUGCAUGGCGCUUUCUCAAUUCAUCUCGCUCGCGCUGCGGCGCACCACGUUGGGGGCAUCGACUUCUUUCGAGGAGCUGGGGUCGAACCUGUGGGCUAUUGUCAAGGGUCAGUGGGAUCAGAUCAAGAGCUGGAAGAACGUGCUGUUUAUGGGGGGCAUGGUUGCCGGUGCCAAGGCGGUGACUGCGUUUAUCCCCGCCGCGGCGGUCAGUUUGGUGGAAGGGACGGCGGUUUCGCCCCUGAGGGGGUUGUUGGGUGGGUUCUUGAUCGUGUUUGGGUCACGGAUGGCUGGUGGGUGCACGUCGGGGCAUGGGAUUAGUGGGUUGUCGUUGCUGUCGGUGUCGAGUUUCCUGACUGUGGCUAUGACCUUUGCUGCGGGUGGCGUCGUCGGGCUGUCGAUGGGCUAG